UCCUGAUACAAACGUUAGAGCUGUUGUUUAUGUUCAGAGUUCAAAACCCGGAAGAAAAGGUUCGAAACUUCGAAUCCAAUACAGCACCUAAGCUAGCAAAAAUGCCGAGCAAGAAGAAGAGGAGAAGGCCUGAGUCGGAGCGACCCACGAUCCAUCCAAGAAACAAGUACUCCGAAACCCGACCCGACUUUGCUCUCUUGGCUUCUCUGUACCCUUCCUUCGAGCCCUUCGUCUUCUACUCCCACGACGGUGGUCGACCCAGAAUCGAUUGGACCGACUUCAACGCCACACGUGAGCUCACACGUGUCCUCCUCCUCCAUGACCAUGCACUCAAUUGGAAAUUCCAUGAUGCCUCUUUUUUUGGAUAAAUUUCAGUUUCCUCGUUUUUUGAUAUCACAGUGGAUUCCUGAUGGGCAGCUUUGCCCUACGGUGCCCAACAGAUCCAAUUAUAUCCAUUGGAUUGAAGAUCUUCUUGCAUCGGACAUCAUUCCAAAAACUAACACCAGUGGAGGUAAUGUGAGGGGUUUUGAUAUAGGAACUGGAGCCAACUGCAUUUACCCACUUCUUGGUGCAUCUCUUCUCGGGUGGAGUUUUGUUGGGUCAGAUGUCACUGAAAUUGCACUAGAGUGGGCUGAGCAAAAUGUUAAAAAUAAUCCACAUAUUUCACAACUUAUUGAAAUAAGAAAGGUUGAAAGCUGUGAAGAUGGUCCUUCAAUGGAAAAGUCACAUGAUGGUGAGUCAGUCUCUUGUGAGAGCAAAAUAGAGUUGAGUGCGUGUGUAGUUAGGGAAGAGGUGCAUCUUCUGCCCUCAGCUUCAUUUGAUCUGCAUUCUGAUGCAAACAAGAGGUAUAAUGGGCCACCUGUACUUCUUGAUGUGGUCAGGGAUGGUGAGAGGUUUGACUUUUGCAUGUGUAAUCCUCCAUUUUUUGAAACCAUGGAGGAAGCAGGACUGAAUCCAAAAACUUCCUGUGGUGGGACUCCAGAGGAGAUGAUUUGUCCAGGUGGAGAAAAAGCUUUUAUUACUCGUAUUAUUGAAGAUAGUGCUGUUUUGAAACAGUCUUUUCGGUGGUACACUUCAAUGGUUGGGAGAAAAUCAAACGUGAAAUCCCUAACUGCAAAGCUUUGGGAGGUUGGAGUCACCAUAGUAAAGACUACAGAAUUUGUCCAAGGCCAAACAUGUAGAUGGGGGCUCGCUUGGUCUUUUGUCCCCCCUGUGAGGAAGAUAGUAUCACUACAUGUGGCUGAGAAGAAUGUCAUGUCUUUCAUGCUUGAGGGUCUUCAACGCCAAUUCAGUGCCAUUCAUAUAUUGCAAUCAGUUGAAUCCUUGUUCCGUAGUAGUGGGGCAGCCUGUAAAUUGAAUACCUCCUCAUUUACAGUUGACAUCACUGCAUCAAAUGAUCAUUGUGAUGCAAUCCUGAAGACUGAGUUACAACCUCUUGAUGAAGUUAGCAGUUGUCAACAUGUGCAAGAGACAUUGAAUGGUUCAAGUUGUUUGCUCCAUCCUUCAAAUAAUUUAUGUAUUCGCAUUUCGGUUUUUCAGCAAAUCCCGGGGACACUUCUGGUGAAAGGAUCAUUACAGCAAAGAGAUAACCCAAUCCCAGGAGCAUUCUCAUCAAUAUUUCAAAAAUUAGAGGAAGUUUUGAGAUAUAAAUUUUGUAGAUAAAAGGCCACCAUAGAGUUUUGCCAGUUUGAAGAGGUUGCUGAAAAAAUUGAUUGAUCUCAAGCUGAAGGCUGUUGAGCAGCAAUUAUUCUUUGUUGUACAUUCUUUCAUUUUCCCUUUACUUGUUUGUCUUCUUUUCCAUUGCCAUGUUUGGACUUUGGAGCUAUAACUUAAAUUGAUAAAUUAUCCUUUUUCA